UGCCAACCUCGCUACCAGACCAAUCGAUACGUAUGGAUCGAGGUUGACGACUCUCCACGUAUGUAUUGCACACCUGUGAUUAUUCAAGACAUUUGACAGUAUGAAGCUGGUGAGAACAGAAUGUCAGCCUUACUCAUAGUGUUAUUAAUAAGUUCACGGAUUAUUGUGAGAUGCACUCAAAGGACAUACAAAUACGACCUCUACGAGAAGAUGAAGUUGGACUUGCAUACGAGAUAGAAAAAGAAGGUUUCCCUCAAGAUGAGGCGGCUACAUUUGACACGAUGAUGUACCGACAUAGCGAGGCUCCCGAACUCACCGUCGGCUACUUCGACAAAGGGGAACUUGUCGGUUAUGUGUCUGGGACCCGUUUCCAUGAGCCAAACCUUACUCAUGCUGCCAUGAAUAUGCACAUUCCCAAUGGAGAAAGUGUAUGUAUCCACUCUGUUUGUGUGGCGGAGCUCCGGAGAAGACAGGGAAUUGCCUCGAGAUUACUUGAUUGGUACACCGAUGCCAUGAAGACAACGGAAACUGAUGUAAAACGUAUCUUACUGAUUGCCCACUCUAAGCUGAUACCUCUCUACACACGGGCUGGCUUUACCUUCAAGUGCAAGUCUAACAUAGUCCAUGGUAAGGAAACUUGGUACGAGAUGGAAAUGCUUGUAUGAUAUACAAGAUAUUACGUCAGGUGGAAAUGCUUGCUCAAAUGAAAUAUUCUUCGUCUGAACCCGGAAACGAAGUACUCACGACAAUGCUUUCUUUAUUAAACACCUUUAUUGAGAGCGGAUCAGCAUUACUAAAGACCCUGUCAUCUACAUACUAAAGACAUAAAACAAUACGUGUCAAGAUAUUGUAACACGUUUAUUUUGACUUUAGGUUUUUUUUGCCUUUUUUCAUUGAAAUAUUUUUAACAAAAUCGAAUAAAAAUCCCGGCUUUAAACGGGAAUACAUCUACCCAUUUACAGUUAUAAAUUACAUAUUAACGCAGCAUGUAUGUAUAGAACGCUUCACAAGUGUACAAAACCAGAUUUAAGAAUGAUAUGUCCGCAUCGGUAUUUUGUGGAAGCAAAAUUCAGGUAGAUUAUUAUAAAUAUCACUUUCUAUUUAAAGUAAUUCAGAGAGUGCUCCAGGCACCAGUUGUUAUGAGUAAAUGUAUUUUUGUGUCAUGUAGAAAGAAACUUUAACGUAUGAAUUCCUCGGUAAGCAUAGUGCGAGAAAAAACGAUGUACGGUUGGGUCUGUCUAACUGACAGUGAUGUACUUGUGAAUUUGAAAUAUGACAGCUGUACGAUUCGAGAGAUUGGGUGACACAGAGUUAAAUGGAAGUUCUACGACUUCGUGUCUGUGAUAUAAGUGCUUGAUAGUCAGUGUUAUUCGAUUAUAUUUUAUCAGUAUUGUCAUUUGCAUAUUUUGUUUGUAUAACUUGUUCACAUCUUACUGUUUUGCGUGGGCGGACAGUUACAUAUCUUAACCGUAUUACUGAUGGAGGGCUGCAUGGAUGUAGACCUCAGUUUUUUAAGGAAUAUUUUUAAGCUGUACUUUUCUACUAGCUUAUCUCCCCCUAGUUUGAAGCUUAGGACAUCCAAGUAUAAUUCAAAUAUAAGAGUCUAUUUUGACUGAAUAGUUCAAAAUAUAUCGAGACGGGGGCCAGUUUGAAGUGAAGGUCUUAAUUGCUUUGUGAGCAGUGAGAUGUCUUGAUUUCUUGACCAUAUUGGAACACAUUUCUUGUGUGAGCGGUUAUAUGUUGUAAUUAUAUUUGUGUGAGCUACUAUCUGUCUUAACUGUACAUGUGCGCGAGGUUAAAAUUUCAUUAAUACCAGCUGUUAGAUACAUUUACUUGUCUUGAUACUAUAUGCUGGAUGCGUGAAUCGACUUAAUAUAAGGUAUUAUUGUUUUAACUGGUACGUCUCCAGGUAAAUUAUAGCUGUGUUUGUCCAUUAAAUACAUUGGCUGCGUUAAUGUAAUGCGAAUUCCUUUACCGAAUUAUAUAUGUAUCAUACCUUAAAUCAAACUCUUACGCAUAUCUCGAUUGAGGAUCAUUGUAUUUGUAUUUCACAAUUAUUACAUCGCAAUAACUAUUGUAAUAAAUAUGUAUAUUUAC